AUGGCAGCCAACGCUUCUUCAAAUGCUGUAGACACCGAAGAUAAACUCGACUCCUCAAAUCCAAACCUGAACUCAUACGUUGACGAUGCGACGAAUAAAGAUUCCUCAAAGACAUUGACUAUCCCUGCUCCCGCCGUUUGUCUUGUCCGUUUCGCCGGAGAUGCAGCUGGUGGCGCAGUCAUGGGGUCUAUCUUUGGAUAUGGCUCAGGAUUGUUCAAGAAGAAAGGGUUUAAAGGAUCGUUUGCUGAUGCACGACAGUCUGCAAAGACUUUUGCUGUUUUGUCUGGAGUACACAGUUUGGUAGUUUGCCUUUUGAAACAAUUGCGAGGGAAAGAUGACGGCGAGACUACCAUUAAUGUCGGAGUUGCUGGGUGCUGCACCGGUCUUGCUCUUAGUUUCCCUGGUGCUCCACAGGCUCUUCUACAGAGUUGCCUCACUUUUGGUGCUUUCUCUUUUAUCCUUGAGGGACUCAACAAAAGACAAACAGCUUUGGCUCACUCUGUCUCCUUGAGACACCAAACCGGAGAGUUUCAAGAUCAUCAUCGUCCUUUAACACUCUCCCUCGCUCUCCCCAUCCAUGAAGAAAUCAGAGGAGCCUUCUCUUCUUUCUGCAAGUCCUUAGCUAAACCCGAGAAGAUCUAA